AUGACCCACAGUGGCACCCCAUGGCCACCGAGUUGCGGGGCAACUGAAAAGGAAAACUAUAGCGUUGCGUGGCAUGUUGUCGCUCUUUUUGUAAUCCUGAACUGCUCCUUGCUGGGCACCGUACUUCCGAUGCUCGGCAAGCGUGUUUCUGCUUUUCGCGUUCCCGAGUAUGCCUACGCGAUUGGAAAAUCUGUAGCCACUGGCGUGGUGCUUGGGGUAGCGCUUAUUCACAUGCUGAAACCGGCUAACGAGUCCUUCACGAGCGAGUGCAUGCCGAAUGGCCUCAGCAGCCUUUCCGAGCCGCUCGCCUACAUCAUCUGUAUCGCCUCAGUUGCAGCGAUGCACUCCCUAGAGGCAUGCUUGCGUGUCUUCUUCGAGGACUUCGGAGCCGGUCUCAACCCCCCCAUUGCCAGUGAGGAGAGCCAGCACUUGCUCUCUGACUCUCAAGCUGGCGGUCACCACCUCCACCGGUGCGCCCCCGCUUUCUAUGGCCGGGAGGGCAGUGGUAGCUUGCAGAUCUUGUCCGCUGUCUUGCUAGAGUUUGGCGUUUCGUUGCACAGCCUGUUUGUCGGCCUCACCGUGGGCAUGUGUGCCAACGCGGAGCUUUACACGCUGACGUGCGCCUUGUCGUUUCACCAGUUCUUUGAGGGCGUUGCACUCGGCUCUCGGCUCGUGGAUGCUGCUCUGACCCUCCGCACUGAGUAUGUGUUCGCUGCCGUCUUUGUUCUCUCGGCUCCCUUUGGCGCUGCUGUUGGCAUUAUGUGCGUGUGCGAGCACAUGAUCAACACUAAGGGCAGUGUGUACCUUCUAACACAGGGUAUCCUGGACUCGGUAUGUGCUGGUAUUCUGCUCUACAUCGGGUUUCAGCUACUGGUGGUCGACUUCUACGCCGAUAUGCGGUCGAGCGUACAAACCGUACGCUCGUCGCGCGGGUUCCUACUAGCGAUGCUGGUAGCCUUCUGGGCAGGCGUAAGUAUCAUGGCGCUGAUUGGGCUGUACGUGUGA